UCACGGCGCCAUAUUAAAAUGCUCCCUCCUCUUUCCCUGUGAGAUCGUAGCUUAGCAGCAGCAGCUAGCCACCAGUCAGAUUUUUACAUCCUCAAGACUGACAGAGGGCAACGACGUGAUGGAAAUUGACUCGCUUCAAGAGGCGCUCAGAGAUUUCGAUAAGACCGCAAAGAAGGAGGCAUGUCCUCUUCUGGAACAGUUUCUAUGUCACAUUGCCAAGACUGGAGAGACCAUGGUUCAGUGGUCUCAAUUUAAGAACUACUUCCUGUUUAAAUUGGAGAAGGUGAUGGAUGACUUUAAAGCCUCCGCACCUGAACAAAGAGGUCCUGCAAAUCCCAACGUGGAGUCCAUUCCAUUUGAAGAUAUGAAGGAGAGAAUCUUGAAGAUUGUGAACGGAUACAAUGGAAUUCCAUUUACGAUCCAGCGCUUAUGCGAGCUGCUCACAGAACCCAAGAGGAACUACACAGGAACAGAUAAGUUUCUUCGGGGGGUGGAGAAAAAUGUAAUGGUGGUCAGUUGUGUUCACCCAACCUCAGAGAAAAAUGGAUGCAGUGCCGUUAAUAGAGUGAAUGGAGUGAUGCUUCCUGGGAACACUUCUGCUUUUACAGAGAGGAAAGUGAACGGUCCUGGAACUCCCCGGCCGCUGAGCCGACCGAAGUUGUCUCUGGCUAACUCACUAGCAGCUAAUGGUCUGCCAGACAGCACAGAAAACAAAGAAGAGCAAGAAGGCGACAAAGACUCUAGUGAGGUUUCUGCGUCGGGAGGUUCCCUGGGGAAUUCAGUGAAGAAUAAACACCCUGAAGACGCGGAAGAGGACAUGGAAGCCGAGCAGCAAGAGGUGAAGAGACUUAAGUUCAGCAAGGACGAAGAGGAGGAAGAAGAUGAGGAGGAUGACGAGGAAGAGCAGGAGGUGGACACAAUGAGGCCUUUACAUGCCGCCUGCCUCUCAAAAGAGGCAGAAGCCAUGGUCCAAGAGGAAGACGAAGAGGAGAAAGUCGGAUACAGCAAGGAGAGUGAAGCCUCCAGCAGUGCUGCUGCCGCUGAAGACCAAGAACCAACAAGCAGCACCCAGGCCGAAGUGUGUGCAGGCCCAGGUCAGGAGGCUGAGCCGGCUGAGAGGGAGGUGCCAUGUGGCUCCCAGGAGGAAGGUAGUGACAUGGAUCAGACAGAGCAGCAGGCACCUGCAGGUGUCCUGGAGAGCCCCGAGACCAGCAGGGACAGUGAGGAGAGCAACAGUGACCCAGUCAGCAGCAGCAGCAGCAGUAGCAGUGGUAGCAACUGUAGCAUAGAGGAGAGUGCAGAAGCAGCCCGAGAAGACGUAGCUCUCACUCCCUCCAGCAGUACAACUGAAGCUCCUACAGAGGGCGCCAUGGAAAGUGCCAUCUUGAACACUGGGACCACGGAGGAGCCCAUGGAGCAGGACUAGACUGAAGGCCUCCUUUGCAGCCAUGUGUGACCAUAAACCAGCUUGUCCUUGAAUCCAGCUUGACUGUCACUCGGAAUGAGGAUAACUGCACCUCGCACACAAGACGAACGCCUCGUCCCGCUUUUGGACACUCCUCCAAAAUGGCUACCUGGCAUUGACGUGGGCAUACAAACACAUUUUCAUUUGAAGUUUGUUUUUGUUUUUUUUUAACUGGAAUAUUUUAUUGAUCUUCUUAUCCUCUGCUUUUAAGUUUCUCUUAAAAGGCUUGGUUUCAGCUGCCUUGUGUUUCUUGGCUGGAUUUCUUCUUUUUUGGGGGGGCAACGGUGUUGUUCGGAUGCUGUGUGGUCUGGUUCUUAUGUCAUUCACUCCAACCAUUUGGACGGGACAAGAUUGGUAGUCUAUGUUUUGUACCCUUUAAGCCCAUUGUACCACACCACCAGGGUUAGAACAGAGCCUGACCCGGCCCCUUAUUAUGAAAUGGUUGAAGAUGAGCUGCCGCCACCGUUUCUGUUCCUGACUUAAGCUCAUGUAAAAAUGUUCUCAAGGCAAGCAACUACCCGAACUUAACACCUCACCACCCCUAUGUUACUCCACCAAGAUCCACCAGGCAGUUGAGAACAUGCAUUGUUUUAAAAUUUAUUUCUCCAUCCUUGUGAGAUGGGAGACUUUUUUUUCUAUUGUGCCCUUAUAUUAUUGUAACCAUAUUUUUGCAAUGAUACACUACCAAUCCCACUGAACAAUACUAUGACAUGCUACCUUGUAGAGGCGUCUUCUGUAAAAUGAAUAUUUUUUGGAUGCAUAAAACCACCAUAAUUUAUAUGAUCAAUUAAAUUCAAGGAGUUAUUUUGGAGUAUGUUUUUGUUUCGUCUGCCAGUUGUAGUUUCCAAAACCAGCUGUAAGUACAAAGGUGACUUCUGCUUUCUUUGUAUUGUGAUGUCACCAUGUUGUCUCACCGACCGAUAUCCAGAGCAGUUUCUGGUUCCAGUUCUACACCUCUUUCUGCAGCUGUACUUUUUGAUAUUUAGAAUUUUAAAUUUCUGUAAAGUAGAUUUUUGUAGAUUGUAAUACAGUAUGUGUUCACUGCCUUUGUGAAACCAUAUAUUAUUGUAUAAUUUCUGUGUAUACUCUGAAUGCUUUUGCUUUCAGUGCGGUAUUCAGAAACAGCAAUAAAUGUUAACAUUUUUA